ACUAGGUUUUAGUCUGUAUAGCAAUUUAUCUCAAGAUCAAUAUUGACUUUGUCCAAAAGAUGAGAAACAAAUAACUCUAAAUCACGGUUUUAUAGGGCUAUAAGCAAUACAACUGAUUACGCCGACAAGAAGAUAUCAACAAAAAGAGAAUUUCAUUCCUGAGACACCAACAGGAAAGAGGACAUUUCAGAUAUCAACACUUACAGGAAAGUGGAAUAUCAAUCAGAUAUCAAAACCUGCACGGAAAUGGAAAAAGAAGAAUAUCAUGUCAGAUAUCAGAAAUAAUGAGACGGAAGUGACUGCACACACGGCAAGGAUUUUAAAAGAAAAGAUAAGAUUUAUAAAUAUGAAUUGACGAUGAAUUUUCCCGUUUUUCUCCGAUCAUGACAAGAAGCACACGGAGGGUGUGACUGGUCGGCAGGGGAUGCUCACUCCUCCAUGGCACCCGAUCCCGAAUCUGAUCUUUUGGAGGUUCUGCACGUUUCGUGCUGCUUGUGUUGAUACUAUUUACCAUUUCUUAUACGUAAUUCUUUGAUUACCAUGACUGAAUAUAUAAAAAAGAUGCUACUGCGAUUCCCUAAGGAGGACUGUAGUGGUAUUUAUAUAUCCUGUGGUGACAGCGACGUGGAUUGCAACUUUGUUCGCCACCAGGUUCUUCCUGUCCUAGAAAGGGCAGGUUAUAGCUGCUUUUUUAGACAACGUGAUGGCGAUGUUGAACUUCGAAUUGAAACAGCCAGAAGUACAAUUCCAAAACGAGGCUUGCUCUUGGCCUUUGCCUCUCAUCAUUCUAUGAAUGAAGAUUCCCAAUACUGCCAGUAUGAAAUAGCUCUAGCAAUGGACUUCAGUCGGCAGAUUCUAAUAGUGACUCUAGAUGAUGUACAAAUUCCGUCGUUAUUCAGAAAUCUUGAUAGACUGCCUGGGAGAUUGGAUCAGCCCUUUGAUGAUUGGACAAAGAAGCUUUUAAAAUGUGUUGAGAAGAAAAUUCAUGAACACAGAAAACCUAGCUUUGAAAUCAACAUGAUCAAGGAGUUCUUGUGGAAUAUAGAAGGGAGGACUCUGUUUGAAAUGAUGGAAUCUCACUCCAAAACUGUUAACGGCUACAUACGUGAAAAUGCGCUUCUAAAGAAAAGAAUAAAUGAAAUUAUCCACCUCCGACUCCAAGAAUGUGAGACCUUGGAAGAUGCAAAUCAAAGACUCGAGGAGAAAGUCCAGGAAAUGCAGGAUAAACUUUCUAAUCAAAAUGGCUGCCCUUACUCAUACGUGUCUGAAAUUGCCACCCAGUGUGUAAAGCAUCAAAAGGAAAAUGAACAAUUGGUGGCAGAGGUGAAAACUUUACGAAAAGCCCUUCAACAGAGUAAUGACAAGAAAAAUUCGUCGAAAGAUGGUGCAAUAGAUGCUAAAAUGAUUGAUUGUUUGUAUACAGUUUUCGCUCGAGAUGACGACAGGGUAAGACCUAAUAGGACCUCCUCCCCGGGGGCGGGGUUCAGGAGGGUACCAUCAGAGGUUGUGGCCUUCUGUCGCCGGUACCAAGGUCUAAUAGGGUACGACGAAAUUCCCUCUCUGGGACGCGAGCUCGGACUGACCUGCUCACAGUUGGAUGACGUACAACGAUACGUCACUUCCGGUCCAUCAGAGAUGUUCUGGCAGAUGUGUAGACACUAUUCUACAGAAAUGUCAGAAUCUUGUAGCGUCAAUCACAUGGUGGAGGCACUUACGAAGAUUGGAAUCAAUGUUGAAAGUCGACCAAUGAAUGAGUUGCAUAAAAGACUACUGGAAGAAAACUUGGACCACGUCUACAGAAAUAUGAAAGACGUAGUAAUUCUACUUCCUCUGUUUCUUGAAAAAGAGACAAUAAGUUCAGCCCAAGCCUUAUACAUUGAAGCCCCAAAGUCCUGCAAACAGCGAGUAGAGAGACUAAUUGAGGUUUUGAUUACGAAGGAAAACGGCUAUGAUUCUUUCAUCGAGGCCUUAGAAAUGAGUGGACAGACUUCGCUAGCAAACUUUGUCUCCGAACUCAGAGACCAAAGCUUACAAACAACUUCGGUGAAGAGUCCUGGAGAACACGAAGAUGAGAGAACCAGCCCUUGUUUUGCUGACGUCAGGAGUAGAGACAGAAAUGAGGAAACAGACGUGAAGGUCCCAGCGGAAUUCUUCUAAAACCUUAAUCGCUUUGGUUGUUUUAGUGUUACAUUUUCAUUUUAUAUAAACAGAUAAAAGAACGGAGAUUAUAUAUGCACAUAUAUAGAUUUUGUUAUACAAUUUUCACAAUUUCUAACAUUUCUAACACAGUAUUACUGUAAAUAAGUAUGUAGGGUAAAUUGUUGGGUAUUGAAACGAGAAAAAUUACACUCACUUUAGCCUGAUAUUUUAGCCUGAUAUAUUUCCUUGUUCAUUUAACAUGUUUAAUUAAGAACGAAGAAUUUUAUUUCUGCUUUUACUGAUACAUUAUAGUUAACAUUUCGAAUUCUUUAAAUAAAUAUUUUUAUUUGUUUUUUAUUCGAUGACUUGUUUUUUAUCUUUUCAAUUGUAUACAUUGUAUAUGUAUUUAUUGUAUAGAUAUGUUUUGUUAUUAUACUGAAGAAAUUAUAUUUUGGUUUAUGGUAUGAAAGGAUUGAAAUAUCAUUUUUUGUGGAAAAACAUACACUCUUUUUAUAUAUACUGUAUACGUAUUACAUUUGGCUGUGUAUUCUUUUAAGCGCUUUUGGCGGAAAGCAAGUUCCGCUUAUUCAAGUACAAAGCUAAAUGUCUUGUAAAUAUACAAAUAAAGAAGGAUUUUAUGAUAUACGCUAAAUCAAAUAUCCUCUAAUUAGUUCAUUAUUCAAUUUCAGACGAAUAUCCUACACGCUAAAUAUAAAACAUUUACAGUAGAUGGAAAGGUCUGGAACAGUCUGUAUAACAUAAAGAUACAGUUUCAGGAAGCAUAGGCUUAUACAUACCGUGUAAAAAUAUACGAUGCAGGCAAUUUUUUGUUGGUCGUUUUGUUGUUUUUUUAUGUCUGUUGCUAACAUUUUUAGUUUAGAUUUUUAUUUUCGACAGUUGUUACAUCAAUGUUUCGAUCAGGAAAAUGUUAUAAUCAAGAUGCUUUUUAGUCAUAAACAACUAUAAUAAUCGAAUGGUUUUAAUAAUUUAUGACGAUAACGGAUAAAAAUUAUAUUUUACUGCGUAUAACUCGUCCUAUUUAUAAACGCACCAAAUGAUAUAAACUAUGGCUGUUUAAUUAGUGUCCUACAAUUAACACCUCUUAAGAUCAACAUAGAAUAUGAAAUUACAAAUUAAUUAUUCACUCUAAUGAUAUAUUUCAUUUUUAUUGAUAAAUGUGUAUUUCAUAUUGUGGCCUUAUCAUACUCAUAGGGAUUAUUUGAUUGAUAAUUUAGAAUCUGCAUAAUGUUAGGAUGUUUUC